AUGGCAUAUGUCAAUGUUGCAGAAUGGAAAACUGUACAAGUUUGUGAAUGGUUAAAAGGUCUUGACAAUUCCGUACUUCCUUAUGUGCACAGUUUUACAAAUAAUAAAGUUAAUGGACAACAAUUAUUAAAUUUGAGACCGGAAGAUUUAGAACAAUUAGGAGUAAUUAAAUUGGGACAUCAAGAAAUAAUAAUAGAAGCUGUUGAGUACCUGAGAAAUUUUCACUAUGAGUUGGAUCGUGAAAAUUUACAAUUAUUGGCAUUACGUCUCUCCUGUCAAGCUCACAGUUUACACAAUGAACUGUGCAGACAAACAGAUUCUAAACCACUUAAAACGCAAACACUGUCUGAUGUUGUUGGGGUAAUGAAAACAGUUAAACCUCUGGUAAGAUGGCUUGAUCGUUCUCCGUUUAGCGGACAAUUGGAUUAUAAUGAUAAAAAAAAUCAGUUAUUAAAAUUGUCCAUUGAAAUAGCUACUUGUGCUCAAAGAGAUCGAUUUGCUGAGAAACCAAUUGAAGAAAUAAGAAAUUCAUGUGGUGAAUUAGCUAAACUUGCUGAUUAUAUUAUACAGGAUAUGACUGAUCCGAUGAUUUUACAACCAGCGAGUUUAGAUUUAGCAACAUUAAAAAAAAGGCCUGGUGAUGAAUUGGGAUUUUAUAUUUUACCAUCUUUUCAUGGUUCUCAUCAAAUUGCUGAAAUAAAAUUUAGCUCUCCAGCCCAUCAGUGUGGUAAAAUGGAAGAUGGUGAUGAAAUUGUUCAAGUUAAUUAUCAAACAGUAGUUGGUUGGGAAAGAAAAAAUGUUAUUGAAUUAUUUAAUGAAAGUCAUGCUGAAAUUUUAUUAACAUUAAAACGCCGUCCAAGACACACUAAAGUUUAUGGUCAAAUUUAUAUUAAACCCUAUCGAUUACCAAGUAAUAAAAAAACAUCUUAUACUACAAGAUGGCAACAUAAUCUUCCAUCACCACGACCAGAGCUACUAACUAUACCAGAUUUUGCAAUGCCAUUACCAAAACACGUUACACCGAAAGAUCCAAGUCCAGAACCGAAAAAUAUUAUUGAUACGGUCAGUAUGUCAGAUACCAUGGCUACAGAUAGCAGUGAAUCUGACAGCGAAGUUGAACCAGCAUUAUCGGCACGUUUAUACGCGUCAAAACCGAGAAAUUUAGUACAACGUCGGGCAACAAUAACAGGAGCCAGUCCAACAUCAAAACAUGCUGUUGAUAUUGAAUUAUUUUGGAGAGAAUUGAAACAAGAGCACAAUACGACAUUUCAGCUUCGUGAUAAAGCGGCUUCCUGCGCCCACGGGCUUGAUAGUGUUCCAACCUCCGGUAGUUUACGGCCACAAACAUGUUUAGGCAUUGAAGCUACCAAACGUAAAAAAAAAUCUGAUGAAACAAACGAUGAUAAUAAUAUUAAAAAAAUACAAUUACCCAAAAAAUUAUCGUCAACUGAAAGUGGUUCAUUGACUAAAAUAAAUAAUAAUAAUAAUAAUAAUAAUAAUAAUAAUAAUGAUACACUGAAUAAUCAUGAUAUUAACAACUCUGUAACUAUUGAAAUUUUUAAAAAUAUUACUAUUGAUAGCGAUAAAAAUAAUAGUGAUAAUACUGUGCCUUGGAAAACAUCCAAAGAAAUUAGUAUCAGUAGUGAUAGUAGUAAUUCUAGUGUUGAUAAUAAUAUUAUUAAUGAUUUAAAAGUAUUGCAGAUCAAUAAUAAUGACUUGGAUAAUCAUAAUAACAAAAAUCGUGAUAAUAAAUUGGAUAAGAGUCACAGUACUCCUACAUGUGAUUUGACAGAAUCUUAUGAAUUUUCUCCAACAUCACCAUCAAACGCAACAACACCUAACACAUCUAACAGUGAUAAUUGGGAUAAGGAAUCAAAAAUUGAUUCAACUAAUGUUAAUUGUCCUACGUUAAAUAAGACUGAUCCAAUAAAUUCAUCGGAACAAAAUUUUUCAGAUGUCACUUGGGAAAAAGAAAAUUUAGAAAAUAUUAAAAAUAAUGAAAAAAUAAACACCAUUGAUAGCAAUGAUAUUGAUAAUAAAACAAUAAAUAACGAUAAUAUGAAUAAUGAAUCUCGGGCAAUAAUAACUACAACUAAUAAUUUAGAUGACAAUACAAUAUAUUAUGAAAAUAAUAAUGAAUAUGUGUCUACAGAAGCUAGUAAUUAUGGAUUAUCAUCCAGUGAAUCGACUAUUAAAUUAUCAGAUAAUAGUAGUAUAAGUCGUGAAAGUAGUCAAGAUAAAUCUGAAUCAGCUAGCAGUUAUUUAGAGGAAGGUAUUUACAGCAAUAGCAGUAAUAGCAGUUGUAGUGAGGCUCAAAUUUUAAAAUCCAUAUCGGAAAAUGAUUCUGUUUAUUCUGUUAAAUCCGACACUGUUAAUAUUGAAGCUCAACUAUUGUCAAAUAAUAAUUAUACAGACGAGUCAACAAGUACUCAAGUGCCUUUUAAAUCUUGUUCAUCACCCAAAAUAUCUUCUGAAAAGUUUAUUGAUAAUGAAAAUUUAAAUUCAGCUGUUAAAGUACGACAAACUCCGCCUGAACCACCACCUCGUAAGUAUUUUACUAAAGUUCCACCAUCGUUGCUAAUAAAUGUUAAUCCAAAUAUUGCUGAAAGAAAUGAAAAAUAUGAAAAACCAGAGAGGCCUGAAAGAUCUGAUACUAGACGUGAUAAUUAUGUACCUUACAAUCAACACAGAGAUUUUUAUGAUGGAUACCGUAAUUUUGUUGAAAAAUCAACAGAUUUUAUUGAUACAGAACAACAAAGUAUUACAUCUGAAACAGACAGAAGUAUUCAUUAUAAAUAUCAAUUAUUUUCGGAUAAAUUUUUUAAUAAUUCAAGUUUAUCAGAUUUAAAUAAUGGACAAGAAUCAGAAUCAACAGUAACAGCUAUUGAUUCACCGGAUGGUCCACGAUUUUCACAACAAACACAAAUAAUAAAUUCAAAGUCUCGUACUCUUGAAAAAGAUAAAAAAGACUAUGAAAAAGGUGUUGUUAAUAGAGCAAUGAUGGUAGCAAGAAGUAUUGGAUUACAUGGUGGAUCAAAGGUUUGUUCCUCAAGCCCUAAAAGUACUAGAAAACGUAAUUUAUUAUUAGCAAAAAGAAGAAAUGUAUCUGUCAGAGAUAUCGGAGUCGGAGAUUUAGAAGGAUGGCUUACUUAUAGAAGCAGAGGUGCUGGUGGUGCUUGGGCUCGUUCUUGGUUUAUAUUGAAAGGAUCAUCUUUGUAUCGAUUUAAAAAUAAAGACAGUAAUAAAUCUGAUUGUUUAAUAGCAUUACCAGGUUUUACAGCAUCACAAGCAUCUGAAGUUAAAUCAAGAAAGUAUGCAUUUAAAGUUUAUCAUACUGGUACAGUAUUUUAUUUUGCAGCCGACUCUGAUGAUUAUCUAUCGCUUUGGUUGGACUCAAUAAACAGAGCGACUUUAGGCGCUGAUACUCACAAUCGUACCAGUGGUUUGUUUAGUGAAACAGAUGAGAGUGACACUGAGACUAACAGUAAAACGAAACCAAAAGAUUCAUCAUCAUCAGACAGUAGCAAAAUACAUUUUGGAUCAUUGAAAAAAAUUGGUCGAAAAGAUUCUAAUGGUUCUAAUAAAAAUCAAGAAACCGGUGGUGCUAGUUUAGACAGAAAAUAUUUGAGAUUUUUAGGUUCAAGAACUCCUAAUUUACCAGUACCAACAGCUCAAUUUAGAAGUUACAGAAGAGUACUACCAUCCUCAUCAUCAACGCCAAAUAAAAAACCCCAACAACAACAACAACAACAACAACAACAACAACAACAACAACAACAACAGCAUCAACAACAAUUAUUACAACAACCAGUCCAAAACUCUUUGGAUUUUCCCGUUACUGUUGCUGGUAGUAGCACAUUUUAUGGUUUAUCUUGCUCACAAAAUCCUAUAAAUUCACAAAAUAUUCCUCAUGGUAGCAACAGUAGUCAAGAUAUGGGUGAUUAUCGUCAAACAUCCGAGAGAUUGUAUUCUACUUCAAAUAGAACCAGGCCAGAUGAUAGAAGUGUUAUUACUCUCGAAGAAUUUAUGCUCUCGCAUCAAAAUGAAAAUCAUUCUCGUCCAUCCAAUAGCAAUAAUAAUAGAUCAGCAUCUCCACGAUCUAUUUCUUCAACCCAUGAUUAUCUUAAUCAUAAUAAUAAUAAUAUUAGUAGUAGUAGUAGUGGACAAAAUUACAGUUUCAGUGGUAAUGGAUUCGCUACCAAUGGAAUGAUCUAUGGACAUCCUAGAAAUGGACACGAGUCGCCAGUUGGUGUCAAUAGACAGUUUUACAACAAUUAUCCUGAUAAUUCAGAUGAAAAUUCAAUACCUGAACAUCAAAUAGAUGGUAAUUAUGGACCAAGAUUUUCUUCCCAUGAUUUUAAUAUUUCGAGUGAUGAAUAUUCUUCACGACCUUCACCAUUGCCACGAAAAUUAAAUGAAUUUACUGGUGCUGGUAAUAACUCCAGAAGUGCUAAAAAAUUACAACAUCAAGAAGGAAUGGAAAUUUAUUAUCCAAAUAAAUCAAAUGAUUUUUUUUUACCUUGCAGUUAUAAUAAUAACACUGGCAAUAAAUCAUUUGAAUCAGUUUACUCACGAGAUUCAAGCAGUAGUUUAUUAAAUAGAACCAGAUCCCAAAAUGUAAAUAACUCAGGUACACCAGAAAAUAAUAGUGUUAUUAAAAAAUUCAACUCUCUCAAUAGAAGUAACAAUGAUUCAGCAGCAGCAUCAUCAACUAUUUCCCAGUCAGCAUCACGAAUAUUUUUAAGAGACAACAAUUGUUAUUCAGGAUCAAGUGGUGAUUUGAGCUGUUGUACUCCAUCAUCAGAAACAUUUGAACGAGCGAGAAAAGAAACUUUAGUCAGUAGAAAAGCCAGUUUUAAUUUAAAUGAUAGACGACAUGAUAACUAUUCUUCUUCUUCUUCUUCUCCUCCUCCUCCUCCUCGCUCUGACAAAUACUGGUUAACAGAUUCAUUCAAACGUUCAGACAACAAAAGAAUAUCCACCGCUGCUAAUGAAAUGUCUCGAUUAAAAAAUGUUGCUCAAUAUCAACCACCUCCUAUUCCCACAAGUCCAUUCGAGCAAGAUGGUAUGAAAGCUGCAUUUGAAAUGCAUCUUGAUAAAGAGCACAUACAAAAAUCCAGCAGCAGCAGCAGCAGCAGCAGCAGAUUAAAAAGUUUUUUUGGUAAUAAAAAUUCACAAAAACCUGCAACGCUUGAUAUUUCCAAGGAACCACAGAAAACUUUGUUGGGAUCACCAAAACUUCAUCGGGUAUUAUUUCGUGAAAAAAAUACAAACCAACGGCAAGUUAUUGGUAAAUCACACGGGUCAAAUUCUGGUAAUUCUAGUGGACCAAAUCAGUCUUUAACUUACAAUCAGUCUCAUCUUUACUAUAAUCAGAGUAUCAGCUCUGCUAGUUCAAUUAUUAUCAACGAUUGGAGACCUGAUACACCACCAAACAAUAACUACAAUACAGAAGAGUGUCCUUCGAAUCAUCCAUUGUGUCAAAAACGUCCAUCCAACAGCAGUAAUACCAGCAUUAGUAAUUCAUCAUCGAUUCCACCGCCAACUUUGCCGUACAUCCCACCGCCAACUUCACCACCACCGCCUGAUGAUUAUCCUGGCUUGGAAUAUCCUCCAGUAUUUGAACCAGGAACUUACACUUUGUCAGAUGCAUCAUUACUUCGAACUCGUAACAAUAAAAGUCGUCGGGGUAGUAAUCAACACUACCCGAAAGAGUCAUUUUAA